CCGUCGUUGUUGUGAGUGUCCUGCGCGUCUUCAUGAAGCACGUGCCAACAUUACGACCUCAUUUUUAAAUAAACGGCUCCGGGCUUCCGGAGAACCGUUUCCGGAACUCUUCCGGCCGAUUGAAGCUACAUGUUCCUCACGAUUUAUUCACCAGAAAACGAUCCGGUGAUGAUCAAGUGAUCGAGUGCUUAUCGGUGCUGGUGUUUUACUUUUUUUAAAGGAAAUGAUUCCGGAAAGUUUUCCAAGGUAAUGAAGUGAAGCCUCUCAACCCACCAACAAAAUGAAUUCGAAAGUCAACCACAGCCGAGUGGUGGAACAACCCAGUUGGUCGAGUCCUUCUGGCAGUCCGUCACCGCCGCCGCCGCCUGUGCCACCACCGGUGGCGGCGAGAUGGGCAAGGACGGAGCAGAACAGCGCCGAUUCUUGUCCGCACUGCCGGGGACGGCUGGCUUCCUUACCCACAAGAACUACCUCACUCAGUAGCUACUCAGGAUGCAAAGACCGAAGCACGCCUCUUCCUCGACCACCGGAAGACGAAGAUUCGUUUCCUGUUAUUUGCGACCGAGAAUUGCAUUCAUUGCAUCGAAACGUGCCAGCACUUCGACGAAGGGACGUCGAUACAGCCACUAUUAAACAACAUUAUUACCCAGAAGGAGGAUGGGGUUGGUUGGUGUGCGGAGCAGCCUUCUUGGCCCACCUUCUCACCUCCGGCUUCCAAUUGGCUUUCGGACUGUUGUAUUUGUAUACCAUGAAGUUUCUUAUUAGGAAAAAUCAAGACAAGGAUUUUUACGUGAUGGCAACGGCUUGGUUGGGAGCUUUGUGCCUGUGUAUCUCUUUUUUGACCGCUCCAUUAAUUGUGGCAGUUUGUAGAAGAAAGUCAACGAGAUUGGCAGCCGCGUUUGGGGGCCUUGUGACGGCUCUGGCGUGUCUUUUUACGUCUUUCGCCGUACAGUUCCAUCAAGCGCUUCUCAGUUAUGGGCUAGUGUUGGGACUGGGCGCUGGAGUAGUCCGGGAAACUUCCGGGUUAAUGCUGGGGCAUUAUUUCAAGAGGAGGAGAGAGUUCGUGGAAAUGGUCGCGCAAGCCGGAGCUGGGGUCGGAAUCGCCUUGUUUUCGGUGCUUUAUAAAGAAGCAGUGGGGAAACUGGGAUGGAGAUUAGGCCUGCAGGCCAUCACCGGUUUACUCUCCCUCGCGUUUUUCCUUCCCGUCGUCUACCGUUCGGCCAAUUUAUACCACCCACAACGACGUGCCAUAACACAUUUAAAAAAUCAACGCAAAAAAAUGAAAGAGAAGAAAACACACGCCAAAGCCAAGAAACCGCCAAUGUUCGAUUUCACGCCGUUGAAAAGUCGCGGAUUGAGAGUAUUGAUGGUAGCUUGUGCUUUCGCUGCUUUAGGAAUUUACGCCCCCGUUUUCUACCUUGUCUACCAAGGGUAUAAGGAAGGAUUAGAAGACAGUGCUUUAGUUCUCUUACAAACUUUCAUGGGGUUUGCGUCGGCUCUGGGUUGCGUGGGAUUCGGAUUAGUGACUGUGAGACCAAGCUCGCAGUGCUUGAUUUCGAGGCAGUAUUUGUGCCAAGCGGCCAUGGUAGGGAUCGGAGUGUCUCUUUUGGCCCUAAGUGCUGUUCAGGGGUACCACGGGUAUGUCUUGUUUGUGUGGCUGUAUGGUACUUGUCUCGGGGGUUAUACCUACUCGUUGAAAAUGUUUGCUUUGGAGCGAGUCCGAGGCCGCCACUUCACUAAAGCUUGGAGCUUUAUUCAAGGUGCUAAGUCCCUUCCUGUGCUUUUAGGAAUUCCUAUAACCGGUUAUAUUAAUCAAACUUAUCCGAAAGCAGGGUAUUAUUUUAGUUUCGUUACGACGAUCGUAGGCGCCAGUUUAAUGUUUCUGGUUGGUACCCGCAAAGACCACAUCAAUAGCAACACCAAUAAUUGCAACCUGAACGGUUGCAAUAUAACCAACUUGAACGAAUGCGCUUGCAACUUGGCUCUUAAUUACAACAACAUCUGCACGUCCGACUUGCAACCGUACAAUUUCUGUCGACAAAGCGGCAACCACUACGAACGGCUUUUCAAUUACGGCCAGAUGGAUCGAAGCGAUUUCCAUCGACAUUCUUUGCGUCACCAUUACCUGCCUAAAAGUCUCAGCUACGCGGCCAACAUCGACAGAUCGCCCUACCACCAAUAUCCGGUACAUUAUCAUGAUUACGUGCGACUGACCAAUCCCAGAACCAGGAACAUGUUGAGACCGAGCAAAAGUGUUCCUGAAGGACUCGCGCGAUGGGAUUAUUGCGGCUCUUACAGGAGACCGAUAAUUAGGAACGUUCAAGUUAUCGAACAAAUUACUACUUCGGUGUAACGUAACGGUUCCGGUGCCAAUUCUAGUCAUUUUAGUCACUCGUUGGUGGAUUUGUGAGAAGUAGAUAAUUCGAUUUGUGACUGUUCCAAUUUAGAUUACAUUGUACCUAAAAAGCGAAACUUCGGUGGUUUGGAAACGAGUGUUUUUUUAAUGUAUUUCAAAAUUUUGCCUCGCGUUUGUGGUAAAAGUGACUCCAUUAAAGUUGAUCACACAUAUCCAAACUAUACUGAUUAUAUUUCACCGGGUAUUUUAAAAUUUAGAGGACAUGCUAUUUUACAGAGUGGGGUAAAAGCUAGAAGUACACACCUGGGCGUGGAAGAGUUCACUAUAAAAAAAAGGGGAGAUUUUGGAAGCAGUGGCGUGUGGGUUUGCUUUAUUAUAGCAGUAUUUGAAAAAGGACGCCACUAGUCUGCGUUUUCUCUUAAUUAAGCUGCCUAAGUGUACAAUGGCGAGCGUUAAAUUUUAGUAGUCAAUUCACUAAUAUACCCUCUUGUCAAAAUUACACGGGGAAACUCCUUUUUUGACAAAAAGAUGAAGUUUCAAAAUUACAUUAUCUACCAAAAUUUUAUGCUCGCCAUUGUACCUCUCUCUAGCUUUCAUCUCACUAUUAGUUUUGUUACUUUUUUUAUAUAAAAGAAUUUAAGGUUAUUCAAAAAGGUAUGGAAGUUUUUAAAUGAAACCUAAUGUUCCAACAAAAUCGUAAAAUUAACCGAUCGUGCUGUGCAAGCGGGUGGUUCAAUUUUAAAACACCCGGAAUAAACUCACUACAGGAAAAGUCACUUUUAAUACAAGCAAAAGUCAUUCGUCUUGACUAAUAUUUCUAGUAUUGACCAGAUUUUAUAGCAAUACACUAUGGUUGUGACCACUUUAUGACGAAUCUAGACGAACUAUAGUAGAAUUUAUCGUGGGAACAAAAUACACUUAAUCUAAAAACAACAUUUUAGCGAAACAUUAAAGUUGAAUAGAAUAAUUAUUGUCGCUUUAUAUUUUAUAAAAGCCGAUUCUUUAUUAUUAAACUUGUAAUCUGUUAAAAAUUUUGUUAUAAUUUAUUUGUUAAUCAAUUUAUUGUUGCAUUAUUUAUUUAGAUGCCA